AAUUAUGUGAUUGGUCUACUUUCUGUUUCAAAACGUUUUGUUUGGCAGGAAGGAAAAUAUCUCGGCACACUCUACACCAAACCGAAUCUGUCUAAAGAAAUAACGAACGUGAAACAAAAAAUGGGUUGCUACAUAUUACUUGUAGAUUGAGGGGGAUCGGGCGCUGGUGGAGAGGGGCUUAGUCAGUCAAGAUUGUCAGGGCAAUGAACCUCCAUCUGUGGGUGUAACAAGCACACUUGUAAUGUGAAUCUGCUUUGCUGAACUGAUGAACAAGAGAGUUUGAGCUUACAAUGCAUGUAUUGUAUAUAAGGAAUAUCCAUGUAUCAAUAUUAUGGAACAAGAAAUGCUUUUAUGAAAACAUAUCAAGCAGGGGAGUGAAGCAAAACAAGAACAUAACUUUGCUUACACGGUAAGCUCCCUUUUAUCGUGAACAGGUAGCUUCUAGUUUCGUUUUCCAAAAUAUGUCCAUUCAUGUGACGGGUCUACUUUCUAUUUCAAAACGUUUUGUUAGGCAGUAAGGAAAACAUUUGGCGUAAUUAGUCCUACAUUAAACCAAGUCUGUCGAAAGAAAUAACAGGCUUUGAAAACAGGAACGAGUUGCUUCAUAUAAUUUUCUCUCCAAUGAGAUGGAUGCGGUUCCAGGCCGAAAUGCUACGAACACAAAUGAAUCAGCCUCUGACACUACUUAUUGCCAGCCUUGUUUUGAAGAUGGCAAGAAAUUUCCUCCAGAGGCAUUUUGUCCCGUCUGCAAUGAGUUCCUUUGUUCCACCUGUGCUCGAGUGCACAAAAACAUGAAGCUGACUAAGAACCACGUCCUGCAGGACAAGAGCAGUAUGCCAUCCUCAUUUCGUGCAGAGAUUGAGGAAGAGAUUUUCACAGAAACAUGUCAGCUGCAUGUUAGAGAGUUUAUAAAAUACUACUGUCCCCAUCAUGACGACCUCCUUUGUGGAGACUGUGUAAUUGGUAAUGAAGAACAUGGCUCUUGUAAAGUAGAGAAGAUUUCUCAAGUGGCAAAACAAUACGAGGAGGGGUCAGAAUACCAUAGUCUGGAGACAGGCCUUGGCGAACUGGUAAAUGACGUUGAAAACUGUUCAGCAUACAUACAGGCGAGUAUGAAAGCAGUGGAAGAGGAAAGCCUCACCAAUAUAAAUGGGCUUCGUAAAUUCAAGAUUGAAAUAAAUCAGUAUCUGGAUAAGAGGGAACAAGAGUUACUGGAAGAAAUUGAGCAGAAACAACGGCAAUCCAAAACUCUGUUAAAUGCGCUAAUAUCAAAAUGCCAAGACAUGAAAUCAGCCGCCGAGAAUUUAAAGUCGAAGCUUCAAACACAGAGCGCAAACAGAAACCAGCUGUUAAUAGAAGGAAAGCGAGCUUUUAAAGAGCUGGCGGGUCUCCAGACAGCCCUUGAAGAUGUCGACAGAAAGAGAAAAGUUCCCCAGUACACGUUCUUCAGGGAUCCCGCCACUGAGCAGCUGAAAGCGUGUCAAACAGCAAUAGGAAGUUUGGAGGAGAAAGAAUCAUCUUUAGCAUUAGAGCAGCAAGAACUGGUGAAAAAGCAGGAACAAGAACAAAAUGAAAAAGCUGCAUCACAACAAGAUAACACUAAAGGAGAGGCCACAUUCAGCUUCACAGUGGAAAACAUUAGCAAGCUCAACACAUCUGUUUGUAGUCCUAAAUUUAUGGUCAGAAACCUACCCUGGAGAAUUAAAGCGAUGCGGACGUCCAGAGUAGCAAAGAAACAUAACAUAAAGAGCUUAGGAUUUUACCUACAAUGCAAUGCCGAGUCGGAUUCAACAUCCUGGUUCUGUUAUGCCACAGCAAAACUGAAGUUACUGAACCAAAAGCCCUAUGGAGACGACUUUGUCAGAGAAAUUCAGCAUUUGUUCAAUAGUGACGAAGAUGACUGGGGCUACGAGGAAUUUAUACCAUGGAAUAAUUUACUUGACCCAGAACAAUGCUAUUGUAGUGAUGACAAGGUCACGUUGCAGGUUCACGUGAUUGCUGACGAGCCAGAUGGGGUCAGAGGCCAGACAUUCCAGUGAAGACACUGACGGCUGCCUGACCGACCAGUCAGUAUGGUCCGGGAAAGGAUUAUACUGGCUGAUUAUCAUAACGUAUCAAUGAAGGUGAAAGACACAAAACCAACAAGAGGGUGUCAGCUGAGACAGAUUUUAAAGAACAUGGUGAAAUAUCAUAAUUGUAGUACAUGAAUUCGUCGUUACUGCGCAAUUAUGCUCCUGAAACAAAUGUUUAACGUAUGCUCAAUAUGUCCAUUAAUUUUAAGCUGAUUCUUAUAUCACAAGAGCUAAGUUUAAAUACUUAUAAAUGUGCGCCAUCAUAAAAUAUAUUUUCUAUUGCAUUUAACCGAUUGUUGAGAAAUAUUAUCAUGUCAUGUGAUUACUCAAAAUUUUUACAAAAUGCAUAUGCAUGUUAAUGUUACGUAAUGCGAAUGUUUGACUUUUGAACUUGAAUUCUUUAACGCGUGUUGUUCUCGCCGCUAACAGGUUUUAGUACGUGCUCGAAAUGUAAAACAUUUCAAGUAAUCAUAAUUCAAUGAAAUGACAAAUUAGAAUGUAUAUAUAAAUGUUUGACAAGGAGAUGGCAGCUAUGUGCUUAGCAAAUGUAUUAACAAGUUUUAGAGUUGGUCAGUAAAAGUUCUUCUUUGUAAUGUUAAGAUGAAAAUUAAAAUAAAAUAGGAUACAUUGUCAACAUUGGCAAUUCUUGUUCACUGAAGUACUUUGUUUUCAGUUAAAUCCAUAGCCACUAGCCAUAAAUUGACAACAACUUGAAAACUAAACAAGUUAUUUUACUUAGUUUUAUCUCACAUAUUAUAUUCAGCGAUGAUUUUUGCCAAUACAAAAUAAUACAAAUGCUUAUCUAUUACGCCAAUUUAAAAAAAAAAAAAAAAAAAAAAAUAAAACAUUCGUUGAGAUCUUAUUGGUCAUAUAGAUCAUUAUUUACUGUUUAUUUUCUUGUAUGUAAUCAUAUAUGAACAUUUGUCAUAGAUUCGAUUCUGUCAUCAAUUGUGUGUUUUUUUAAGAUGUUUUACUUAUUUAUAAUUCAUUGCAUGUUUUCGGAUGUUGGGGAUGGAUGUGGCAUGGUCACUAAAAACUGCCGCCCCUGGGCAUAUAACGUAUGGACUUAUAAUGUAAAUUUGCUUUAUAGAUGGUUUGCUAAGUAAAUUUGCAAACACUCACUUAAAUCUAGUGUAUAUACACAUGUUUAUUAGUUUAAACUGAUUUUUUUCACUUCCGAUGUACUCUUUCGAAAGUUUAAAAUAAAUAAUUCUUACAGGGAGGUAAAGCAGAACUAGAAGAUAAGUUAGCUUGAACGAUACGUUCCAUUCCAUCAUAUCUUAUAAAGCUAGAUUUGUUUCCAAAAAAAAAUGUCCAUGCUUGUCUAGUCUCAGUUUAUUGUAUAAAUAAAGGUUUGUUUGGCGGAACAAAUUUCAUUUUGAAGAAUAUUUAACACUGAAAUUAUAUUUGUGGAUAAAAGAACAUUGGAAAUAAACUUAUUGCCUUAUAGCGUUUGUAAGUAUACUGCUCAUUUAUUCGCAAGAUAGACAGUGUUUAAAUGAUUUACUUUGUUUCAAUUAAAUCGUUCAAAAUGGCGGCUGUAUUUUUAAAUGGUAAAUAUCCUAACUGGAACUUUAGUUUCAUGCGCAAAGCCUAUGUGUUGAUAAAACAAAAUGUAUUUGCCCUACGAGAUGAGAUCCUUUUCGACAAUUUUGAUAACAUUUUAAUGAAAAACAAUUUAAUAAA